AUGAUCAGACCAUCAUUGGCACCCAACAACAAAAUAACAAUAGUCGAGGACAGGAGUGACAAUACAAUUGGCGCAUUCAGCUCCACAGUGCGAGAGGACAGAAUCAAUGGACAAUUACGUCACUCUCAUUACGGAUUCGAUAUUAAUAUGUUGGAGAAGUUUAGAAAUGGCGGUAUGGCAAUGACCAUCUUUGAAAAGAUGAUUCGUGGCUUCCUAGAGAAAGAUGGAUCAUUAUGCUAUGGCAGCUCACUCAAGACCGCAGCCAAUGUUGUCAAUAGGAAAAUGGAUCAGAUCGGUGUCAGACACUACUGUGACCAACAUCAACAUGCAUGGGCCGUUGACUUUCCUGUGCCACUUGAGGCAGUUCCAAACAACGUCCAAUUGAAGAUAUGGGAGGAAGAGGACAAGGCCUUGACCAAAAAGCGCUGGGAUGACUACUUCAAGGACUGGAACUUUGUCCCAAACAACUUUAAUGAGAUAUUAGAGUACAACAAGAAGUAUUGCUACAAAACAUACAUGGCAAGGUUGGAGAGGGAUGGACAUGUAUCAGAGGCAUCAAUUAGUGUUUGGAAUCAGGAUCUCAUCUUCACUCUAUCCUCUCAAAUGCCAGCCACAAUGCAUAGGGUUCAGUCUCAUCGCCAGAUAUUCUCAUGCUACACCUAUGGAGAUGACAAGGACUUCCUUUUCAACUAUCUUUUGCGAUACGUGCACAACAAGCAAUAUCAAGAGGGUGUAGAAUUCCUAUUCAUUGGUCUCUCUGAGCUGGACCCAAUCAACCGUUACGUACCCUUGCUGAGAGGUAUUCAGUCGCUAACCUUCUCCUUCAUUGUGGGUGCCAAGGCCAAAGAGGACUACGAGAGCCUGUGGUCAGUGGCUUCAAAGGUGCCAGUAUAUAAUGAUCCAAGAGACUAUGGUGUGCUAAUGUUAAUAAAAGAGUUUGUCUCAAGCCUGUAG